UUGAGUAGUCACUUCCUGUUUGCAUGUUGGGGCGGACCGAUAUGGCGGCGGUGUCUGAAGAUUGGUUUCUUCGGAAUGGCAGAGGCCGUCGGAACGGUUCCCGGAACAUCGUAUCACGUAUUGGACGGAGCCGAAUUACUGGCUGUGGGCUUACACGGGGAGCACAGAUUUCAGGAGCUUUGUUGAGAGAGAGGGAUAAAAAAGGAAAAUGGAAUGGAAUACCAGUUUUACUGCAGAAGUUGUACGAAAACAGCCACCCUAACAGUGACCUUUCUCAGUGCCAAAGUAUCCUUAAGGAGAUUUCUCCACUUCUGUCAUUGGAAGCCAUGGCAUUUGUGACUGAAGAAAGAAAGGGUGGUCAGGAGUCAACAUUUCCAAACACCUGCAUCUUUGAUCUUUUUGGAGGUGUAGAUCUGUUGGUGGAAAUUCUUAUGAGGCCGACACUUGUAACCCAGAAGAAGAAACCGAAAAUAAGCGAUGAUCUCAUCAAGGACUGUUUAAGCAUCUUGUACAACACAUGCAUCUGUACAGAAGGUGUGACAAAGCGAUUAGCUGAAAGGAAUGACUUUGUACUGUUACUUUUCACAUUAAUGACAAACAAAAAGACAUUUCUACAAACGGCAACCCUUAUUGAAGACAUAUUGGGAGUUAAAAAGGAGAUGAUCCUGCUAGAAGAAAUCCCAAACCUUGCAAACCUGGUAUCAAGUUUUGAUCAACAGCAGCUGGCCAAUUUCUGCAGAAUUCUGUCUGUCACCAUUUCUGAGCUUGAAACUGGCAGUGAUGACAAGCACACACUUCUUGCAAAAAAUGCACAACAAAAAAAGAAUGCAGGACCAUCUAGGGCAGAGAUGAACCAAGCUACCCUUUUGAAUAUUCCUGGGUUUAUCGAACGAUUAUGCAAGCUUGCCACAAGAAAAGUGUCGGAGACGACAGGCACUUCAAUUUUCCUACAGGAACUGGAGGAUUGGUACACGUGGUUGGACAAUGCUCUUGUGUUGGAUGCAUUAAUGCACAUGGCCAAUGAGGAAGCAGACCAGAGUAGUACAGGUGCACAAAAUGAUAGCAGAGUACAAAUUGAUCCCUGGGCUGAAUAAUCUUUUUGACACACUGAUCUGGAGAAAGCACUCUACAUCGAACAUUGUGAUGCAUGGGCAUAACCAGAACUGUGACUGUAGUCCAGAAAUUUCUCUGAAGAUCCAGUUUUUGCGGUUGCUCCAGAGCUUCAGUGAUCAUCAUGAGAACAAGUACUUGCUUUUAAACAGUGAAGAGCUGAAUGAGCUAAGUGCAAUUUCGCUGAGAGCCAAUAUCCCUGAAGUAGAAGCAGUUGUCAUCACUGACAGGAGCCUGGUGUGUGAUGGGAAGAAGGGACUCCUUAGCAGAUUACUACAAGUCAUGAAGAGAGAGCCUGCAGAGUCAUCAUUCAGGUUCUGGCAAGCAAGGGCAGUUGAAAGUUUCCUUAGAGGAGUAACAUCUUAUGCUGACCAAAUGUUCUUACUAAAGCGAGGACUUCAGGAGCACAUCCUUUACUGCAUUAUUGACAGUGAGUGCAAGUCUCGGGAUGUAUUACAGAGCUACUUUGACCUUCUUGGGGAGCUAAUGAAAUUUAAUAUAAAUGCUUUUAAACGAUUCAACAAGUAUGUAAACACAGAAGAGAAGUUCCAGAUUUUCUUGAAUCAAAUCAAUAGUUCCCUUGUUGACUCCAACAUGUUUGUGCGCUGUAUUGCACUCUCUCUGGACCGAUUUGAGAGCCAGACUGAUGACGUGAAAGUUGCUGAGGUACUGUCGGAAUGUCGGUUGCUAUCGUACAUGUCUCGUGUGACGAUUAGAAUGUCUUUUCUUUUUCGUCUUAUUAACAUUAUUCAUGUUCAAACACUCACCCAGGAAAAUGUCAGCUGCCUCAAUACAAGUCUAGUAAUUCUGAUGCUGGCUCGACGAAAAGGCAAGCUUCCUUUUUAUCUAAACAAGUUACGAGAAAUGGAAUACUCGGACAAGUAUCCAGGCUUUAUUCUUAAUAAUUUUUACAGCCUCCUGCGUUUCUGGCAGCAGCAUUAUCUGAAUAAGGAUAAAGACAGCACCUGUUUAGAAAAUAGUUCCUGUAUUACCUUCAGCUAUUGGAAAGAGACUGUAUCAGUACUUCUCAGCCCGGAUCGGACCUCACCCUGUGCCAUAGUUAGCUACAUUGAUGAGGCUUACAUGGACAUUGAUAAAGAUUUUACAGAGGAGUAAAGAUCCAUCUGUUUAGUGGGCUUGUGCUUCAUUCUUACAGAGAGCAUUACAGACCAUGAAUAUUCAGGAGCACAUUGUGCAGUGUUGUGUACAGUCUUGAAUUUGUGGAAUGUUUUUGGAACCUGGUGCCGACUCUUACAUGUUUGGGUUUUAAUGCAAGACAAAUGUACAGAAACCCAGGCAGAUGUAUUCAGGGAUGUUUGCGACUGGAAUGAAAACUGCUAAGUAUGCUGUUGCUGCAGACGUUUUUAAUACCCACAGUCGUAAAUGGAUUGUGCUUCACAAAAUGUGGUGUAAUUAUUUACAGAACUGAUCAACCAGAACUUCGUGAUCAGCAUGGUCUAAGCUGAUCCUGCUUUCUCUCUCCCUUUGGCCCAAGGGCAGUGGAUGUAAAUAAGGCCUCCGUUUUUAGUACUCUGUAGAGGUCGUAGUGACAGAAUUCUACGUUCAAGAUGGGCUUGUCCAUUUUUUUUUUUUUUUUUUUUUUUUUUUAAUGGACGGUGUAUACAGAAAUGCAGAUCAGAGGUUUUGAACUUUGCCAGAAAACAGACAUCCGCAGAACUUUGUUUUGCAUUCUGUCGUGGAAAGAGGAAUUUUCAGAGUUUGAUUGUUGUGCAUUUUGCUUUUGAGUCCUGGGAACUGUAGCCUUCUCAUGCAUUUCAGACUGCUUUAUAUUCUGAAGUAAUUUUUCUUUCUUAGUCUUUUCCUUUUUUAGCAUGUUUGUGUGUUUUCUCCAGCAUCCUUUUAAUGUAUGGGGAAAAAUGUGCACUUAAGAGAAUUUAAUUGUAUUCCAUGGUGUCUUUAAUGGAUUAGAAUUGCUUUGGCUUUGAGUUUGUUGAAGUGCAUUAACAUCUGACUUAAUUAUACUCAGACUUGAUUAACUCAUUACCAUUGGAAGCACUUCAUUCAGGCAGUGAUAGCAGGGUGAUGAAGUGCUUACCCAUAAUCCCAUUUUUAUUACUGAUUUCAUAAGUUCAACGAUGUUAAAUUUUGAGGGCAGCAGUCCUUGAUUCCCAUCUGGGUGUUAGGCGAAUGGUGUAACAGUUCUACAGAUAUGCAGUUAAAGUGGGGCUGUUUAUUACUAGUAUUUACCUAUAGUAUUUCACAGGUGCUUCUUCAGUGCAUUCUUUUAGAUUGUUGUCUAAAAGUAUAGUGUCUGGGAAGUGAUUUCAACUUAUUCAAGCAGUAGUUUGUUAGCAGGUGUGGCCCCAUUUUCCUGUAAACGUGCCAUUAUGUAGCAAGUAUUUUAAAUUUGUUUUAUCCCGUUAAGAAGUAUUUGCAUUUGACUUAAUGUUGCCUACAAACAGCAGCAUUUACACUGUUUCCAAUUACAUUUUAAUGUAGUACUUGUUGAGCACUUCUCCACGUUUGUUUUUGAGCUGGUUGCAUCAGGUGUUUUACAUUGAAGGGUAGGUCAGAUGACGAUGAACCCCAUAAGCAUUUUUCAUUUACAUCAUCAAGCAAAUCAUAUUUCCUUAUAGGUUGAUAUUCAUCUUUAAUAGGUCCCAAUUGAGUUCUCUGUAGCAGACAACAGUGAGAGGCUAGGCUAGCCUGGAGCACACAUCGAGCGUUUGAAAAAUCUUCAGUCCUACAGACCUGUUAACUUUUCUUGGAUUUGUCAACUGUCAAAACAGCUUACUUUGCCAUUGAUGAAAAGAAAAUUGGUGCAAAGGGAAAAGCUGUAAUAGCAGACUGUGCCAGUGCUGUGCCUUGUUUUGCAGGCUGUUUGCAUCUCUUCCUGCUUCCUGUCUCUAAUGUCAACAGUAAAAAGAUUCUGAGAUAGAGUUCAAAACAGAAGAGGACAAAGUAAAUUAAUUUGAUGCAUUAUAACUUAUUGCAAUGCUUUACGCAAACAAAAUUAGAUUUGCACAUAAAAUAAAUAAUUUUGGACCAGUGCCACAACUGAUUAAAACGCCUUUGCUUUUGUUCUGUACUUGUAAGGAAGCCCAUUAUGACCUUAAAAUUGUCUGGUAUUUUUGGGAAGACUGCUUUUGUUUUGAUGCAACUUUGUCUUGUCCCUGUUGCUCACCGUAAAAAAUAAAGUAACACUACUGUGCCUUUUCUAUGUCUGA